AUGGCGCCCAGGCGCCCUACCUGCGUAGGCAUGGAGUUUGGUGUCGGCCCGCCUCCAGCCACCCUCCCCAGGCACCCCCCUCCAGGCGCUUUUAUGGGGUCGCGCGAAGGCGAAACGUGGGGGUCGUGGUGGCGGGAGACGGCCGUCUACCGGUGGUGCGCGUGGGCCUACGAUUACGCCGCGGCGGCUUGGUUCUGGGCCGCGCUCCCCUUCCAGCUCCUGGCGCAGGUGUGCAUCACCCACGCAAUAAGGAAGCUGGGCCCGCAGGCCGGCGCGAAGUGGCUCGUCCGCGGCGCGCGCCUCGGCUGCGGCUCGUGGCUGGGCUGGCGCGGUGUCGUCGUGCUCUACCAGUUUUUCGUAGUAUACGUCGGGUGCCUUGAAUUGCGAUGGUACUGGAUCCCGCCCAUGCUCUCCUACGUGGCCUUCGUGAACGGCUGGCCCAUGCUCGUCAUGUACAAUAUCAGGUUAAUGACGUCGGAGGAAAAGAAUUGGGACGAGGACUCUGUUGAUAGUCGGGCGGCCGCGGGCUUCGCGCCGGAGGCGUUGUUGGAACACGGCCUCGCGCCCGUCCUCCAACUUUAUUUGACUGGCCACGCGUGCGGACGCAGCGGCCUCCAGGAGGCGAUGCGCACGGCACACCACCUCGCGAUACCAAAAACCGUGGAAUACGACUACACGGCCGCGUGUUUGAUAAUGGCGGAAGCGGGCGUCGUCGAGGCGCUGCGGCACAUCCACGACACCGCGACGAUCUGGGUGCGGCAGCAGCACGCGCGCCUCACGCUCAACGCCAUCGAGAGCGCGACGAACUCGGCGCUCGGCCGGCGGCUGCGCCGCGAGCGGGACCAGCAGGCCGCCGAGCGCCCAGCCGCGAGGGCGGGGACGAGCCGCGGCGCCGACGCGAGGCGAGCGGCCGAGGACGACCUCGCGCGCCAGGAAGCAGCGGCCGCGCGGGCGGCUGCCUCGCUCCUGGCCGAGGAGGAAAACAAUGCCAAAAAGAAGAAGCCUGCGCCUCAGAAGAAGGGCAAGAAAAAGAAAGGACCACCCGGCCGGACGCGCGGUGCGACCCGGGCCGCGCCGGCGCCGGCUCCCGCGCCUGCUCCUGUGCCACCGCCGCGGGCCGAGCCGACGCCGGCACCCGCUCCUGCGCCGUCGCCGCGGGCCGCGCCGACGCCCGCGCCGGCUCCCGCGCCGUCGCCGCGCCUUGAGCCAACGCCGGCGCCGGCUCCCGCGCCGCGCGCCGAGCCGCCGCGGAAGGCGAAGGCCGAGGCUCCAGCGGUGACCGUGAAGCCGCCCGUCCCGACACCGGCGCCUGCGCCACGAGCGCCGCCGGGCCUGCGCGCCAAAGCGGCGCCGGCCGCGACCGAGGCCGAGGCGGCGAUGCGUUCGUUCGUGCGGGAGCUCGGCCUGUCCGAGGACCACGCGCCCUGGCUCCUCACGGAAAGCUGCCAGAGCCCGGAGCAGCUCAAGCACGUGUCGAUCGAGGCGAUGGUGCGCCUGGGUCUGCCGCCGCGCGCCGCCGCGACGAUCCGCGCUGCCGUCGGCGCACCGCCGCCCGAGGAAUACUUCUGCUCGAUCAGCUGCGAGCUUAUGGUCGACCCGUGCUUUGCUGCAGACGGUCAUAGUUAUGAACGCGCGAACAUCACGGCGUGGCUCGCUUCACAUGAUACGUCGCCGCUCACGAACGAGGCGCUGCCGCACAAGAUGGUCGUCCCGAACCACGCCUUGAAGGCGCUGAUAUGGGGGUUCCGGGACCCUUGA